AUGAGGAAAUGGACCUCAAAUGCUGAACAAAUUCUUAACGGUUUACCAGCAGAACAUCUUUUGAAUGAAAACUUUUUAGAAAUUAAUGAUGAAAGUGUGGCAAAAACUCUAGGUAUACGAUGGAAUGCAAAACUUGAUGAAUUUUAUUUUUCUACGUCCACAAUAUCAUUGAAAGAAAAUUUUACAAAACGGGAAGUUCUAUCUACUAUUGCCAAACUUUUCGAUCCAGCUGGAUGGUUAGGACCGAUAGUAAUUAUAGCAAAAAUAUUGAUGCAACAAAUUUGGAGUGAGGGAACUGAUUGGGAUGAAAUUAUUUCAAAAGAUGCUGGGAUAAAAUGGAGACAAUUUCUUGUUGAUUAUGAAUCGAUAAACGAUAUUCAUAUUUCUCGUUGGGUAGGAUUCAAACCUACGGCGAUACUUGAAGUUCAUGGGUUUUGUGACGCUUCUGAAAAGGCUUAUGGAGCUUGUAUUUACGUACGAGUCCAUAAUGGAGUUAAUGCAAUACAUUCGCAUUUAUUACUAGCCAAAUCAAGAGUUGCCCCUCUCAAGACUAUUUCGUUACCACGUCUGGAACUUUGCGGAGCUCUUUUACUAGCAGACUUAUUGGAAAUUGUUAGAAAAGAUUUAGAUUUGGACCAAAAUGGGACACGAUUUUUCAAUUGGUGCGACUCAAUGAUUGUUUUGGCUUGGCUUCAGAAGCCACCAAAUUCGUGGACUACUUUCGUUGCUAAUCGAGUUUCGAAAAUUGUAGCAAAAACUGGCAAAGAAUGCUGGAGACAUGUGAGCUCAAAAGACAACCCGGCGGAUUUAAUUAGUCGUGGUGUUCGCCCACAAGACUUGAUCGAAAGUCAUCUUUGGUGGAAUGGUCCUUCAUGGCUUCGUUCUCCUUCUAAUUAUUGGUUAUCUCCAACAUGUGUAGAUUUUGGCACAAGGGAAGAAGAGAGAACACAUAAAGUUUUUUUCUCGUAUUUUAAAUCAUAUUCUGAUCUUUUGGAGAAUUUUUCGUCUUACGGCAGAGCGCUCAGGGUAAUGGCAUAUGUAGUAAGAGGAAUUAAUGGAAUUCUUAAAAUUAACCAACAUUUGUUUACUUCGUUGGACAUUUCAUCAGAUGAAUUGAAAUCUGUGAAAGAAAAACUGAUUAUUGUUGCUCAGAAAGUUGACUUUGCUGAUGAAUAUCAUAAACUUUCGGAGAAAAAAUUGCUAACUAAUAGCAAAGUAUUGAAUUUAAAUCCGUUUUUGGAUGAAAAAGGUAUGAUACGUGUAGGAGGUCGCUUGGCGAACGCACCGAAUUUGACCUAUAAUGAGAAGUUUCCCAUUUUAUUACCAUCCAGUUGUCAAUUUGCGAGACUUUUUGUGAAAUUUAUUCAUGAUAUUACACUGCAUGGAGGUAAUCAACUUAUGUUGAGGGUGCUACGUACACAGUUUUUCAUUCCCCGGGCCAAGAAUUUGAUAAAAACUAUAAUAGGCCGCUGCAAAACAUGUACUAUUCGAAAAAAGGCAACACAUAGUCAAAUUAUGGGAGCACUUCCUACACUUCGAACAAUUAUAACUCGACCUUUCACCACGACUGGUGUUGACUUUGCCGGCCCCUUUGAUAUUCGAAAUUAUACGGGCCGAGCUUGCUUGAUAACGAAGGGUUAUGUUUGUGUUUUCAUAUGUUUCGCUACAAAAGCAAUUCAUCUAGAAGCAGUCAGUAGUUUGUCAACUCCCGCGUUUUUGGCGGCUUUUUCUCGAUUUGUAUCUCUUCGUGGUUGUCCAAAGAAUAUGUAUUCAGACAAUGGAACCAAUUUCGUCGGUGCGUCGAGAGUUUUAAAGACUGAAUUUCGUAGUUUCCUUCGUGACAUAGGUUCCGAAGUAAACUCUGGAUAUGCACAUCAAGGAAUAAACUGGCAUUUUAAUCCUGCUAGUGCCCCUCAUAUGGGGGGUUUAUGGGAAUCGGGGGUUAAAAGUUUUAAACACCAUUUUCGUAGAAUUGCCGGAGGUUUGAAAUACACAUUUGAGGAAUUUUCUACAUUGUUAGCGCGAAUAGAAUCUUGUUUGAAUUCGAGACCUUUAUGUCCAUUAUCGGAAAAUGUUGACUGUUUAGAUUGUUUAACGCCAGGCCAUUUUCUUACUGGUGGCCCACUAUUAGCACCUCCUGAAGUUGAAGUUUUGGAAGCUCCGAUAUCUAUUCUAAAUCGUUGGCAGAGAGUUAAAGCCUUGAAUCAACGUUUGUGUGCUAGAUGGAAGGAUGAAUAUUUGAAGGAUUUGCAAAAACGUAAUAAAUGGAAAUAUGUGCGGAAAGACAUGCAAAUCGGUGAUAUGGUAGUCAUUCGGGAAGAUAACUUGCCUACAAACGAAUGGCGUUUAGGUCGCGUAGACAAGCUGAAUAUUGGUAAAGAUGGCCACGUUAGAGUUGUUGAGUUAAGGACAGCACGUGGCUCAAUAGUAAGACCAGUUGUGAAGUUAGUGGUACUUCCAACUGACUAG